GCGUUUCGGUAUUGCCGCAGGGGUACGCAGGAUAUUUGUAUCUGACGAAAAGUAUGAUAAAGAACAAAAAGACUUGCAUUCGUCAGUUAAAUGAGUCGCAUUACACGGUACACAAUUGAAAUUGAAUUAUCAUUCAUUUUAUUACUGGUUUACAUAAGUCGAUUCGGGUCGCAUGCUUUGGGCUAUCAAAAUGAAUAUGCUACUACUAUACGUGCUCCUUUAUAGUUUCACAAUCGAGAUUAGUGCAUCAAAUAUUGUUCUAAUUAUAGCCGACGACUUAGACCUGGCAAUUGGUGGCAUGACUCCGUUGAAGAACACUAAGAAGUUGGUCGGAGACGAAGGAGGGGUUUUUUUGAACUGUUUCGUCAACUCGCCGAUUUGCUGUCCAAAUCGGGCUGCGAUUCUUACCGGACGAUAUCAACACAAUCAUUUAACCGUCAACAAUUCAAUUGAGGGUGGUUGCAGUAGUCUACAAUGGCAGAAAAAUCAAGAACCAAACAGCUUUGCUAAUCUAAUAAAGUCUAUGGCGAUUUACACUACGUUUUAUGCUGGAAAAUACCUAAAUCAGUAUGGCAGCAUCAAGGCAGGUGGUCCAGCUCAUGUUCCAGUCGGCUGGGAUUGGUGGGCUGGCUUAGUGGGGAAUUCCAAGUACUACAAUUAUUCCUUAUCCCUGAAUGGCACAGUCCGAGAGUACGGAGAUAAGCCCGAAGAUUAUCUCACCGAUGUGAUCGGAAAUCUCGCGAUAGAUUUUUUAAAGACUCGCAAUGCCGAUGACGAAAUUCCGUUUCUUAUGGUUUUGGCUCCACCUGCUCCGCACGCACCAUACACACCAGCUCCACGACAUACCGAUGCUUUUAAAGGGAUAAAUGCUACGAGAACGCCCAAUUUUAAUACUCCACAACAGAGGGAUAAACAUUUUUUGGUGAAAAACGGCGUAGCGCCGCUUCCGGACAGCGUAUUACCAAAGUUAGAUGAAAUUUAUAGACGUCGCUGGGAGGCAUUAUUGGCUGUUGAUGAUCUGGUAGAAAAUGUUUAUAAGACUCUCGCGGAACGGAAACUACUUGAUGACAGUUACAUAAUUUUCACUUCGGACAAUGGUUACCAUAUUGGACAGUUCAGCAUGCCGUUCGACAAACGCCUGCCUUACGAAACGGAUAUUCGCGUUCCAUUACUGAUGCGCGGCCCAGGAGUGCCGAGGGGAAAUAUUAAAAAUCCGGCUAGCAGUGUGGAUAUCUUCGCGACGAUUUUAGAUAUGGCUGGAACGGACGCACCCUCUGACGGUACCUCACUUCUUAGUCAUUAUCUCCAUACAGACAGAACUGUCCUUAUUGAGUACAGGGGCGAAAAAUCUGAGAAAACACCUACUUCAGGGUGCCCGACAGACAGAGACCCAAAUAUGGUUUUAUGCAGCAAGGAUUUUUCUUGCAAGUGUCAGGAUUGUUCAAACAAUACGUAUAGCUGUAUUAGGAGAGUAGCUCAGGGGGACGACAAUAUUUUCUGCAUAUUUGAAGAUGACGGGGUAAUGAUUUUAGAAUCCAAUACCAUCGAAGCGUACAAUUUGAGAGACGACAAUUUCCAAUUGAACAAUAUCGGAUACACCAUGAAAUCCGCCUUAAGACACCGGUUCAGGAAUCGUCUUAAACAAGCAGUUAUCUGUGAAGGAGCUGAUUGCGUUAUGACGGGCUCCCAGGCCGAUUAAACGACUAUUUUUUCAUUUCUGGCGCUGAAUCGUUUGUCAUUAAAUUUAUUUAAUCCAAUGUGUUGAGAAUUAAUUUUUUACAAUAUAAUACUUCGGAUAUCGAAUACUAUCAUGAUAUCCUCAUAGCUUCGUAUAAUAAUAUAGUGAUUGAAUUCGUAAGGUAUUUUUUUUAUAGUUCUUGGUAUGUUGUUCUCUGUACGAGAUAUACCGAAGAGAGUAUAAAAGUCUGCAUAAUAUACUCACUUCUUAAGUAA